AUACCACGUGCCAAUGGAAUUGGCUCUUCUAUUUACACAUGGAUUUAUAUCUUCCAGAAUAUUCACAAGACCAACAUUUGUGACCUUGUUACCAGCAUUAUCUGCCUCUUAGUUCUGGUUCCAGCCAAAGAACUGAAUGAAUGCUUCAAAUCUAAGCUUAAAGCUCCCAUCCCUAUUGAACUUUUUUUGGUAGUUGGUGCUACUCUUGACUCUCACUUUGGUCAUCUCAAAGAAAAAUAUGGUUCCAGUAUAGCAGGUGAAAUUCCUACAGGAUUCCUAAUGCCGAAGCCAACAGAAUGGGGCUUAAUUCCCAACAUAGCAUUGGGGGCAUUGUCCAUUGCAAUUAUAGGGUUUGCAAUCACCGUCUCUCUUUCAGAGAUGUUUGGCAAGAAACAUGGGUAUGAAGUGAAGGCUAAUCAGGAGAUGUAUGCCAUUGGAUUUUGCAACAUCAUUCCUUCAUUUUUUCAUUGCUUUACCACAAGUGCUGCUCUUGCAAAAACGCUAGUUAAAGAGUCCACCAGUUGCAAAACUCAAGUCUCAGGAUUCAUGACCUCUUUAGUCCUUCUCUUAGUCCUACUGGUAAUUGCUCCUCUUUUUUACUCUCUCCAAAAAUGUGUUCUUGGAGUUAUCACCAUAGUGAACUUAAGAGAUGCCCUUAGAAAAUUUUUAGAUCUUCCCAAGAUGUGGAAAGUCAAUAAAGUGGACACCUCUAUUUGGUUGAUCACCAUGUUUUCAUCAGCAUUAGUUAGUACAGAAUUGGGACUAUUGACUGGCAUUGUCUUUUCAAUGCUGUGUGUCAUUGUAAGAUCUCAGAAACCUGGGGUAACACUGCUAGGCAGAGUGGAGGCCUCAGAUGUAUAUGAAUCUAUGACUGUAUAUAAGGACCUGAACACCACAAAAGGAGUUAAGGUCUUUCGAUUUGAAGCCCCACUCUAUUAUGUGAAUAAGCAGUGCUUUAAAUUAACCUUGUAUAAAUCUGUUGGUGUAGAUCCAGUAUUAGUGGCAUUAGCAGAGAAGAAAGCUGCAAAGAAGAAAGAGAAGUGGCAGAAGAAAGAGGGCAUCGCAGAUACCAGUCUUACUACAACGGAAGUUGUACAGAGACUCUACCAGGAGCAGAUGCCACUUCACUCUGUAAUCAUUGACUGUAGUGCCAUCCAGUUCAUUGAUACAGCAGGGUUAAACACUUUGAAAGAAGUCUUGAAAGAUUAUGAUGACUUUGGUAUUCGUUUUCCGCUGGCUUAGUGCAGCAGUUGUGUGAGAAAUUCGCUUAGGAAUGGGGACUAUUUAAAAAGGGAGGAAGGGACUAUGGUAUUUCACAGCGUUCAUCAAGCUGUGCAGUUUGCACUGUAUGAGCAGGAACAAAAAGAUGCUUUUGUUAAUGGGUCAGCAGUUUAAAAGAGGUAGAGGCGAAAGAU